AUGGUAACCGCCGCCGGCUCCGCGUCCUCCACAUCGCUGCUGCUGCUGCUGCUGAUCACGUGCGCGGCCGCCGCUACACUCUUCCUCAACGAGGGCGCCGCCUGCUGGGACGACGCGUCCGCCGCCCCCGGCACUUGCCGCAGGGUCCGCCACUGCCGCAGCGCGCUCGGCGCCAUACUCGAGCGCCGGCCGUUGCCGCGCCGCUGCGGCUUCGUCGGCUUCGACGAGGUCGUCUGCUGCACGGACGACCAGCGCGACGACACGGGGCGCGACGAGUACGACGGCGGCGUCCCGGCUGACUGCUGGGAUCGGUACGACGACGGAGACGACGAGGUGCGGGACCCGUACGGCGACGCCGGUGACAACGACAUCUGGGCAGACGAGGGCCGCGCGGGGAUCGAGGAGGAACGGCCCAGUGUAGCAGCCUGCCGCAAAUACAAAAACGAGCGGAGCGGCCCUGAGUUCUACAUUCUCCUAGGCAAACCGGUUGGCCAACUCGAAUUCCCACACAUGGCGGCGCUGGGCUUCAACGUCCCCAACACGGAGGGCCUCAGCUGGCUGUGCGGAGGGACCCUCAUCAGCGACCAGUUCGUCCUCACCGCGGCCCACUGCUGCGCCAACAGGGUCACGGGCAGACCGGUGGCAGUACGCCUCGGGACGGUCGAUCUGACGUCCACAGGAGACUAUGACGCAGACUACGAGAUCUCAGAGAUCGUGCUGCACCCCAGCUACAGGAAGCGGCGGUCCUACGGCGACAUAGCGCUGCUGAGGCUGGACAGGAGGGUGGAGUUCAGCGACGCCGUCUUCCCCGCCUGUCUCAACACGCAGGACGGAGACCCGCCGAGCUUCACUGCCGCCGGCUGGGGCGCCACGAACGCUGCCGGAACGCGAAUGAGCUCAACGCUUCUGAAGACCACAAUUUACCCAUUCCCAUUAUCGGACUGCCAAAACGCUUAUAAGGACAAAUUUCCAAAAGAAAUUGGCUCGUCAAUAAUAUGUGCCGGAGAUCCAGAAGGAAAGACUGAUACCUGCGGGGGAGAUUCUGGAGGACCUCUGGUCAUGGGGAAGUCGGCACCUUACACGGUUGUAGGCAUCACUAGUAUGGGUCCAAAACCGUGUGGAGGUAAUGUGCCCAGUAUUUACACCCGUGUGUCCGAUUACAUUGACUGGAUAGAAGAUCACGUCUGGCCCUGA